CCGAAAAGAAACAAAAGAGGGGCCGCGAGGCAGUCUCCACCGGGCCCCUGCUUGAAGAUGCCGGCUCCUUGCCAUUGAGCCGCCCGGCGGAAGAGCUUUGGAGGGAGAUGGCCCUCAAGGCUGGCCUAGAGCUGCCCAGCCGUUCGUCUUCUGAGGCGACCAGCGCUGCCCUGGCAGCCGCUCUUCAGUCUGGGCUCCUUGUCCUUCAAGCUGAAGCUGCCCGGGAGGCCGAUCUCAAGGAGGCCAAGGCUAAGGCCGAUGCGGCCAUUGCUGCGGCUCGGGAGGCCGCCCGUCGAGCCGAGGCGGAGGCUGCGGCCAAGGGGAGGGAGAUUGCAGCCCUGCAGGCUGAAUCCCGCAGCCAGUUGGCCGGCCUUGAAAGAGCCGGUUUCAAGCUUGUUCCGGUGCUCCCUGCCGCCCAGGACGCCACUCCGGAGUGGUUAGUCGACACCUCCGGUUACAGGAACACCGGGGAGUUCAUGGAUUCCGCCAAGGAUUAUUGCGCCGGAGCCUUCGGUGAUGUGUUCUCUGCGGCGCUGGAGAAGAUCCCACCCCGGCAGCGUCUGGCGAGCGGGGUCCGGAUUCUGGAGAGCUCCCCCUUGUCCCACAAGUUCCUCUACGAGGUCGGCGACAGCUCCUUCGCCGCUGGUUAUAAUGAGGGGGUCAAGGCCACCCUUCCCAUCUUCUCAAGGCUGCAGGGGGCCGACUUCGAGCUCGCUGCAAAUACGGACGACGAUCUGCUGCUCCAAGCCUUGGGGAAGUUGGGGAGAGACCAACGGCGGGAGGAAGCCAAGGCUAGAGGGGAAAUUCCGGAACCCCCGUCCCCCGAGCCCGAGGAAGAGGAGGAGAAGCUGAACCAGGGUGGCAGCCGACCGGGAUCCCCCUUCUUUGUGUAAUGUAAUUUGUAUUUUUCCAUUCUAACUUUUGUAAUGUCCGGCCGUUAGAGCCGAAGAAUAUACAUCCUUUCGCCCAUAAUUGUUCCAUGUUCGUGAUCUCUACUUGUUACUUUUCUUCCCUUCGUCCUUUGUUGUAUGGAAACUCCCUUUGUAUUUCG